AUGAGGCGUAAUGGUUUUAUUCCGAGAACUGUUUCAGAAGAUAUUGGUGCAGCUUCUAGAGAACAUACAUCUACAACUGCAAACUUUAUUUAUAAUCCUGAAUACACAAAAAUGAUGGCUAGAGUAGCAUAUUUAAAUAAUAGAGAGGUUGAAGAAUCAUAUAUCGAAGGAAGCGAUUACAAAAAAAUAACAAUGACAGUUAUAAGUGAUGAUGAAGAAUCUCUUUGUCCAUUUAAAGAAAAAAUAAAGGUGAAUGUAGAAAAGAAAGAAACGAAAUCAGCUGUAAAAACAUCUGUUUGCUUUGAAAAUCAGCUAAUUUCAAAAGUUUCUGUUCAUAUUAGAGAUGUUGCGUUCACGUUUUCUUUGGAAGGAUUAAAAUUAAAGGAUUUAAAAGAAUGUAAAGGUGCCCGAAGAGUCUACAGAACAGACUUUAAAAAAUGGCUUUUAGAAAGACUUUUUUACUGUAAUAUGAUCUGGGAAAAUAUAGAAAGAAGCACAAUAAGAGAAUUAUUAGCAAUUUUAGGAUAUCAACCGAAUGAUCUUAAAAAAAUAGCAGCUAAUGAAUGCACUAAAAUAUACACUGUAAUGAAUAAUGUACGGGGAGAAUUAUACUUUAUAGUUGCUGCUAAAUACAGGGAGCUUAAUCUUCAGGAGGUGCAAAGAAAUCCGUCUCAAUUUCUGCCUGAAAUAACACCUAUAAUUGAAAGUUUAGGAUUUGCUUUCAGUUAUAAGAAUGAAGUAGGAAAUAUGGUGAAAGAUUUCAUUGAUGAUGAUGCUUUACAAUGA